AUGGAUGAUUCCUUAAACGAUUUUAUUGAAGAACUGGAUUUUGUAAAUAACUAUUCAAGUGCUUUGACUUUUGAAGAUUUCUACAUAGCAGGAAUCGUGCGAUUAAGGACUCAUGAAAAACUUGAAAAAAUCUUUAACUAUCUAUUAACUCUUAAACAAGCCGAAAAAGAAGGCAAAUUAAAGGGCCACAAAAAGGCUUACGCACUAUUUAGGAUUUACCAAGGAAACUUUGAUGCAAUAGAGCAAUUAACCUUUAUAAAGGCCCAACCAAUUGAAGACGAGAUCAGUGAAAUUUUAACAUCAGAAUUGAUUCGAUCAGAUAAAACUGAUGAAGAAGAUCCACUGAAAAACUCAGUAAAUUUCGACAUUUCAGUAGAAAAUUCAGUCACAUUUGAAGACUUAAGUAAUUCUAAUCUAAAAGACAGCAAUAUUGAGAAUCUAUUAAAAAGGAAACACGACGAAGAAAACAGAAAAAAGUCUGAAAUGCUGGCUUAUGAGCUGCAAAAGAAAUUUGAUCAGGAAUAUGAAGAUGUGAAAUUCAAAGCUGAAAAUCAUAUUAAAUGCAUUAUAUGCAAUGACAGCAUUAAUAAUGAAGAAUUCAGGUCUCUUGAAAAAUGCAACCACUUUGGGCACAAGCUUUGCCUUGAUGAGUUUUUUGACCAUCAAACAAACAAAAAGAAAUUUCCUAUAAUAUGCCCUUAUCCAAAUUGCAAAGAAGAAAUUAGUAUAAACGAUCUGAGGUCUCAUUUAAGUGAAGAACAAGUUAAAGCAUUCGAAGAAUAUAGCUUUUAUAAGUAUAUGGAGUCUUCUGCUGACGGGCUUUCAGUUUGCCCAAACAGUGAAUGCAACUAUGUGUUCCAAUGAAAUCAAAACUACACAAAGUUUUCUUGUCCAAAGUGCAAAAAAACCUAUAGCCCAUGCACAGCAUUAGAUCGUCCUGGACUAGUGAAUUGCAACGCAGCUCCCCAAGUUGGUUCUCCAAAUCAUGUUGACGAGCUAGCUCUGGAUUUGAAAUACGCAUCAUAUCAGGUGUAUAUAUCAAAUCCCCGGGCUGGUUCGCCGAUAUGAGUUGGAGAACCAACUCAGGGAGUUGCCCUGCAACUUCCUAGCCCAGGACAAUCUAAUGUCGUACCUGAGCUAUAUUGUUUGGCAUGCAAGGAGGACUAUCACCACAACAAAACAUGUGAGAUGCUUAGAAAUGGAAACAAAGCAAAAAUAAAAGUACAAAAUUUACAAUUUAAACAAUGCCCAAUAUGCAAAGUAUGGGUAGAGAAGACUCUAGACUCAAAUGAAUUAAAAUGUAAUGCAUGUACAUCAGUCUUUUGCUUUAAAUGUGGCUCAGUGAUUGAUAUGUGCAUAUGCAAGAAUGGCGUUUUCCUUUAUUAUUAA